UAGUUGGAAGGAUAGGACAGCAGUUCCAGAUGGAAGAUGGAAAUUGUAUUCUACCUUUCAGAAGUGAUCCUUGCAGCUUCUGCUACCAAUAAAGUAAUCUUAAUAAUGACACCUUAGGUUCCACACUGCACUGGGGAAAGCUGAGUGUAGCUAGCAGGCCCUUUGCUAUGCUUUUUCACCUGUCCUGGAGCAGAAAUCAGCAACAAGCUGGUGACGAAGCCUGUCAUAAACAAUCGUCAACAGGGAAUAGAGAGGGAGAGAAGCAAAGCAGAAAGAAAUAAGAGGCUGAGCGCAGCAGUGUUCACUAGUGGGUGAGAUGAUUAACGAUUAACCCCCCUUGCCUCCUGCCUCCACCCAUUUGGGUAGUAUAGGCCUUGAAGUGCAGCAGAUUCUUUCAGAGAAAUAUCUGAAAUAAAGGCCAACAGAUAGGGGACGCCGGCAAAAUCAGUUGGAGAGUUGAGAGGGCCAAUAACCUCUGGCUGUGGAAUCACUGCAAUCUGGCCCGUGUUUGCAGAUGAUAAUGCGCCUUUCCAAAGCCCUGAUAGACAUGGAGAUGGCAGAUUACAGUGCAGCUUUAGAUCCUGCAUAUACGACAUUGGAGUUUGAGAACAUGCAAGUCUUGGCAAUGGGCAGUGACACUUCCCCAUCUGAUGUUACAAAUCUUAAUGCUUCUAACAACAUUGGAGCCAGUGUGUUAUGUGCCAUUUGUGGAGAUCGUGCUACAGGGAAGCAUUAUGGAGCAUCCAGUUGUGAUGGCUGCAAAGGGUUCUUCAGAAGAAGUGUCAGGAAGAACCAUAUGUAUUCUUGCAGGUUUAAUAGACAGUGUGUUGUAGACAAGGACAAAAGGAAUCAGUGUCGAUAUUGUAGGCUAAAAAAAUGUUUCCGAGCAGGAAUGAAGAAAGAAGCUGUACAAAAUGAGCGUGAUCGAAUCAGCACUCGGCGGUCUAGCUAUGAAGACAGUAGCUUACCUUCCAUUAAUGUUUUAUUGCAAGCAGAAGUCCUUUCACAACAGAUAUCAUCACCAAUGUCAGGUAUUAGUGGAGAUAUCAGAGGGAAAAAGAUUGCAAAUAUUGCAGAUGUGUGUGAGUCCAUGAAGCAGCAGUUAUUAGUGCUUGUGGAAUGGGCCAAAUAUAUCCCAGCCUUCUGUGAGCUUCCCCUGGAUGAUCAAGUGGCUUUGCUACGGGCCCACGCAGGGGAACAUCUCUUAUUGGGGGCAGCCAAACGCUCAAUGGUGUUCAAAGACAUCCUUCUGCUAGGAAAUGACCACAUAAUCCCUCGAAACUGCCCAGAAUUGCUGGAAAUCAGCCGUGUAGCUGUGCGAAUUCUUGAUGAGCUGGUGUUAACAUUUCAAGAGCUGCAGAUUGAUGAUAAUGAAUAUGCUUGUCUGAAAGCCAUUAUUUUCUUUGAUCCAGAUGCAAAAGGCCUAAGUGACCCUAUCAAGAUCAAACGAAUGCGAUAUCAAGUCCAGGUCAGCCUGGAGGACUACAUCAAUGACCGGCAAUAUGACUCACGAGGACGCUUUGGGGAGCUGUUACUUCUCCUGCCCACCCUCCAGAGCAUUACAUGGCAGAUGAUUGAGCAAAUCCAAUUUGUUAAACUGUUUGGCAUGGCCAAAAUUGACAACCUGCUGCAAGAGAUGCUGCUUGGAGGGUCAUCAAGUGAUACACCUCAUGCUCACCAUCAUCCUCUGCAUCCCCACCUUAUCCAGGAGAAUUUGGGAACAAAUGUCAUUGUGGCCAACACAAUGCCUCCUCAAAUCCAUAAUGGACAGUUGUCCACUCCUGAAACUCCCCAACCUUCCCCCCCAGCUGGGUCUGGAGCUGAACAAUACAAACUACUUCCGGGGGCCAUCGCAACUGUAGCCAAGCAACCCAGUUCAAUCCCUCAGCCCACCAUCACAAAGCAAGAGGUCAUCUAGCAUCCAGCUGAAUGAGGAAUCAAUGAUUCAUACACCACAAUGUGAAGAAAUAAACCUCCCUCGUUCUCAUCUCAAUCACUCUGGAGGUAGAAUAUUCAUGGAGAUUUCCCAGGGCAAAAAUGUGCUAUUUUUUUUUAAUUCGGAAAUUACAUGGAAAAAAAUAAGAAAUGAUCUUCACAUGCAGCUGUGACUGAAUGCUGUAGAACUUACAGACUAGCCUCAAUGGAUGCUUCACCUUUUGCAAAGAGAACCAGAUGUCAAACUUUAGAUCUGUUGGUGACUGUUCCAAAAAUUGCACUGACUUACCUGUUUUGCCACUGCUUACUUCCCUCCCCUUUCUCUACAAAUCUGCCCUUUUUUUUUUUUUUAAAGAAGGCAGCUGACAGGAAUGAUAGAAAGAAACUACACCCCAUUAUUGGAUCAUCUCCAAACAGUCCUUUCUGUGACAUUAUGGGUUACACAUUUAUAGGAAGAAGACAAAGAUGCUGAGACUGAACUCGUUGAAGUUGAAGCAUACAUACCGUUUGUACUGCCUGCUCAAAUGUCUUGGGAAACUCUACAAGUAAAGUAUAGACUCAUAUGCUUCCACUAGCUCUAACAGUCUGAAGGAUGAAAGUCUGCUCAUUCCAAGCACAAUUGUUGUAUAUGCUACUGAUAUUUUGUCCAUCUGGUAGAUUAAUAGCUUCUAUGGGGAAGCCUUCUCAUGCUGAACAAAGGUAUGGCCUUGCUGGAUCUAGUUAGGAUUCUUUCCAUCUAACAAUGCACUGUACCUCUUAGCUUCUUUGUUGAUUUCAGGAUUUAUCACUCAAGACCACUGCCUCUGCUUAUGGAGAUUUUGUGACUAACAGACAUUACAAAUCAUUCCUUCAUGUCUUUGUCUAAUGUUUUUUGAGAGCACAAGGUUUGUGCCAUUUGCUCUGUGAAAAAACUGGAUCCAAAUGGAAUUUAUGAUGGAAAUCACUAGGGGGAUUGGCAAGGAUUGGUGAGAAACCUUCAGGGAACGUCCUAUCAAAUGAGCAAAGGGCAUUUUGUUCCUUCCUAUUUACAAUGAGGGGAGAAUAAUGAACCUGCACCUGAUCUCAACACUGCCAAACAAGGUGGACAGUAGAUGGACCGACUGCACUUCUUCACCAGAAUUUGCAGUUUACAAAAAUGGAUUGUUGGAUUGUUUUGACAUUCACUCAAAGCUUUCUUAUAGCUGACAGUUUCCAUAGGGGGCAGACAGAAAUAGACCUGGAAUGAUUUCUUCUUUAGUUAUCAUCACAAACAGGAUAUGACAUUUAGGAGUUAAAGAAGCUGAAAAAGAACUAAAGCCACUCAGAUCUUAAGAGCCCCAUGAAUUGCUUCAGUUUAUCUCAGGAGAUCAAUAAUCAAAUUAUUCUUUAGCCAUUUCAGUUUCUUAGAAAAUUGUAGGUUUAAUUCACAUGACAAUUCUAAAGAAGCCAUAAGGUGAUUCUACCACCCUCCUCAGUGUUUACCAGAUAAAAGUGGACUGGGGAUGAAUUCAUACUUGCAGAGUAUCACUGUAUAUCUUAACUACUAUUCUACCCCAAGAUCCACCAAUUGAAGCUUAAUUCCAAACAUAUACACUUAGAUUAAAAAAUUCAGAGCCCUCAAGCUGUUUUCAGACUGCUUCAGUUUUUUGGGAUUUUUUUUGCACAAAACUACUCCAAUUCAUUUUAUCAACUUGAUUUCCUCCAAAUUUAUUGAGAUUGCCACUCCCAGAAUUUCUAAUCAGUUUUCUGGAAGUUGCCAUCCAACAUGUCUGGAGGGCAUCAAGUUGGGGAAGGCACUCCAAAGUUUUAUCAUUUUAGUAAUGUAACAGGAGGGGGUUGUGUGAAAGAUGUUUUUUUUUUAGUGCCUUCAAGACAGUUUUAUUCCUGGCAACUCCUUGGACAAAUUCCUGCAGUUUUCUUUGCAAGAUUUUUGGGAAGUGGUUUGCCAUCACAUCCUUCCUAGGGCUGAGAGAGAGUGAUUGGCCCAAGGUCACUGAGGUGGGACUGUAAACACAAUCUCCUGGUUUCUAGCCUGAUGCCUUAAUCACAUCAAACUGGCUUUGGAAAUUACUAUUGUUCAAUGUUUGAAAUUACAAAAUACUGCAUAUUCCCUUAUGCAGAACAGUACACUGGGAUUAAGCAGAUCCUGACCACACCUCAUUGGUGUCCUGUCAUCCCAGGUUAGUUGAGAAGUCAUUUCAUGCUCUACUGAUAUGCAAUACUGUGUUGCUUUGUAAGGCAUCAAACUAAUCGUGUAUUGAAUCAGCUUUCCCUUCCAACUAGUGUCAGCUACCUUGUGUUUGGGCAGUUUUUCCCAGCCCUGAUGUCCUUAAAUCAUCUAGGCCCAAAUCCUUCUGCACGUGCUCAGGUAUAUGGUGUUGCCAAAGGUAAACAUCUUCUUGGAGCUGGUGAUUUCAUGAACAUAUCCAUCUACAGUAGUUUUCUAUUUUUUCUGCUCCCCCAAUGUAGCCUACAGCUUUAAUAUUGCUUGAUGUGCUCCAUUCAAACAUCAAUCAAGCCCACUCUGCUUAGCUUUUCAAGAUCAGCUGAGGUCAACUAAGGGCUCCUAUGGAUAGAUCUCCUCCUUUAGUUCAACUGUAUUAUGGAAAUUUGCUUACAAUUUUGAAGAAUUAUAUAACUCCUCAGAAUUGUUGGGAAGACAUUGGUAAAGGACAUACAGUAGUAGUAACUAUAGUUCUUGCUUUUAAAAAGUAGAAGGACAGUUUGGAGAAACACUUAUUUAUGAACACAAAUACAUUUUGUAGAGUCAUCUCUUUGUCAGCAUUAAAAGGACAGCCAAAGUAAUCCCUGCUAAAAAGGGCUCAAGUCAGAUUCUUACUGGAAAUAAGCCAAUUUACUGCUAAUCUACCAUCAUUUAUAGGCUGCUGCUUAAGUUCUUUUAUGACAGAUACAAAAACGAACCCCCUGCCAGCACAUAGUCAGUGUCUAAGUAUUGUAAUGUUUGCCAAACACGAACCUGUUAUGCUAUGUAAUUUAUUAUAAUGAUGGGCUGAAUAAUUUUUCUUUAAAUUAUUGUGUAAAUAAUAUUGAUUCCAUGAAAUCUUAACAUUUUAUAUGAACAAUGUAAAUUACAAGACUGCUUCUCCAACUGCAACAAUGUUUUAUGUAUCAAGGUUGGAGGAAGUUAUUUUUGAUGCAGAUUUACUACAUGCCAUCUUCUAGGAUAGUAUAUUAAUUUUCAUCGACUACUGCCUUCCAAUGGAAACAGCUGGAUUUCUUUAUUCAUGUUUUAAAAAAAUAAAUACAAAAAUCUUUUCUAACCAUUCACAAA